CCAAUAGCGACGGCCCGCGCGUGGCGGCCGUUUGGCGCCGCGGCCGGUGCAGCGCGCGCGGCGGAGGCUGCGCUCGGCUCGGCUCGGCUCGGCUCGGCUCCUGUCAGCAUGGUGCGCACCAAGGCGGACGGCGGCGGCGGCGGGACCUACCGGAAAGUGGUGGCCGCCCGGGCGCCCCGGAAGGUGCUGGGCUCCAGCAGCGCCAACGCGGGCCCGUCGUCGUCGCCGCAGCCGCUCGCCAGGAGAGCCGAGGGCCGCUACGCGGGGGGCAACCCGGUGUGCGUGCGGCCGACGCCCGCCUGGCAGAGGGGCAUCGGGGAGUUCCUGCGGCGGCCGCAGAAGGAGAACCAGGCGCCGGGCGGCGAGGCGGCGGGGAGCAGCGGGGCGGCGCGGCCCGCCGCGCGUCCUGAAUUGUCUUGAAGGCCCUGCAAAGCAAGCGAGCAGAAAGACUUCCAUCCUACCUCUUGGAGAAAUGAAAGAUGUGUACUGUAGUGCUGCUAAACAUUCAUCUCUUCCAUUUAAGAUGUCCUGGCUGAAUAAGGACGAGGGGGUGAUAAUGCUAAAGAGAAUAUGCAGUGUCUCCACCUAAAACAGUUUGCAUCUUCCCUGGAUGUUCUGAAAGAAGCAAGAGCUCUGCUUACUUAACUGUGCAACUUUUUUGUUGUUCUUUUUUCCCCCCAUCAUACAGGUAAGUUAGUCAGGUUGAAACUCGGGCCUGAAAUCAGAGUUACAUUUUCAGCUUCCUAGAAACGAUAUCAACCUGCGUGUGGCCCUCUAGUUAGAGAAGGAAACGCAGCUUAACAGAGAAUGAGCAAGGAUUGUAUCAGUGUAAAAUUCCUUCUGCACUGAAGUAGCCUUUCCCAUUUGAAAGGUAGGCAUUUGCUUUAUAAUCCAGUCUUCUAAUUCUUAGGAUAAGGUAGCUUGUAUCAGUUCAAAGGCUCCUGUUGUCUCCAGGUGCAAGAAUGAGUCUGGGGCUAAUUGAAGUCAUUUAGGUCACUUAACCUCUAGUAAAAGGGCUCUGUUUAUUGGAACCAUUCAAGCAACAGUUGAUCGAGUUCUGCUAACUCUUGUGAAUUGAAAUCACUUUUUACAGAGCUCGCCCCCUGCCACCAGAUCCUACAGAAGAUGGCACCUCCUCUGAAGAAGAGUAGAUACAAUCCUAGCCUGACUUUAAUAAUAAACUGCGCGUCUCCUGUACUUGAGCUGGUCUUUGUACAGUUGUAUAUUUUUUAUGCUUAUGUUCAGCUAUUGUAUAGAACUAAAAGUAGGCUUUUUACUAAAUAGUCCUCAAAUCUAAAUUUGAGAGACUGCAAAAAAUUAUGAUAAAAUUAAUAUAUACUUUCUGAAGCUUAGCAUUCAGUGUAAAGCACUUUUAAUUUUUAUUUUGGUUUCCUUGACUUCUUCAAUGACUCCUGCAUGUUGUGCUCUUCUCAUCUUUUGUUUGCUUUUUGCUUGUCCAAGACUUGCCCCCUGUUUGUGCUCUGUUUUGUAAAGCAAAUUGUCAUUUUUCUAUUACACAAGCCUCCUGAAAGUA